AUGCUGAGUUUUUAACCGACCACGGACAACCUUUGCAAUCUCAAUAAGGCCUGCAAUAACAACCAGUGCAAGGAUAACCAGUAGUAGGAUAACCCAUUCAACAAUAGUACUCUUUUAAUCUAUUUUAGAUAUCAAUAUUACCCCUAAUCUCAAGUACAAUAUCCCCAAUAGAUAUAUGCCCAAUACCCAUAAUAUCCUCAAAGAAUUUAGUAUGGAAAUGGAUAUUAAUAACAAAUGGUCUUGGUUCCUUAAACUGGACUUGUUGUUGCAGUUCAACCAAUCAAUCCCAUAGUUGCAAAGGAAAUGGAGCUACGCUCAUAUACAAGAUAUUUUUAUGGAUGCAACUGCUGUAUUGGUGUUUUAGCAAUGGUCUUUUUGAUUAUUCGCUGUGUGGCAACUUUUUCAUAAGGAGGAGCAGCUUUGUCGGCUGGUGUUAUGUAUAUUAUCUCCGAUUUCUUUUUUGUUAUCGGAGCCAUCAUCGGCAUUUACUCAAUUAGUAGAUAUGUGGAAAGACUGUUAUUACAUUAUUAAGUUCUAUUGAUCCUGGCUUUAAUAUUUGAAAUCAUUGGAUCCAUUAUAAUUUUUGCCACUUUUGACAACACUCAAGAUGACAAUAAUGAUAAUAGUUCUGAAGAUGGCAGGGAAAGUCAAAGGGGUGUUGGAUUGAUAUUCUUUAUUAUUUCUCUCAUUAUUGUAGUCGUUUGCUAUGGAAUGUUCAUUAGAUAUGCGAGACAAAUCAGAUAUAUGAUGAUAGAUUUGAAUAUCUCCAGAGCGACCCUUCAGAACUAGAUUGCUUAAUAAGGACCAGUUUAACCAUAAGGAGUAGUUUACUAAGGAGGUGGUCCAUAAAUUUGA